GUCCGGGUGCAAAGUUUUGAUCCGUCUGCAAAGCGAGCCGCGCGGAUUCGGUCCCGGAGAAAAGCCGCGGGUGAAGAGAGGAGCCGGGAGACGCGGAGAAGAUUAAGGCUGGGUACGGGCUUUGAUACUACAGAGGAAGGGGCUCUCUGACUGCGGGACCGAGGCGAGGCUCGCGGCGCGGGGACGAGCGGGGGGUUGUAGCUAGCUAGCCGGCUGCUGUACGGACGGACGGACUGACUGACGGAGAGGCACGAUGGCGGUAUGCGAGCCGAAUCGCGCGCGGCUGCUCUGCAUGCUGUCCCUGACCUUCGGCUUCUUCAUCGUGGAGGUGGUGGUGAGCCGGCUGACGGCCUCGCUCGCCAUGCUGUCCGACUCCUUCCACAUGCUGUCGGACGUGAUCGCGCUGGUCGUGGCGCUCGUGGCCGCGCGGUUCGCCCAGCGGACCACCGCCACCGACAAGAACACGUUCGGCUGGAUCCGCGCGGAGGUGAUGGGCGCGCUGGUGAACGCCGUGUUCCUCACCGCGCUCUGCUUCACCGUGGUGCUGGAGGCCGUGGAGCGCUUCACCGAGCCGCACGAGAUCGAGUCCCCCAAGGUGGUGGUGGCGGUGGGCGCCGCCGGGCUCGCGGUCAACCUGCUGGGGCUGUGCAUGUUCCGCGGGCACGCGCACGGAGGAGGGCACGGGCACUCGCACGGCGGGGGCGGAAAGAAGGGGAAGAAGGGAAGCAAACCGAGCACCUGUAACAACACCAACAGCAGCAGCAGCGCCGCCGAGGAGGAGACCAACAACCUGGUCCCGGGUCACGGCACCAUCACCACCGCCGAGAGGAGGGGGAGGACCGGCACUUCCCAUGAUGGGUGUGUGGAUAUCCAGAUCAACGGCAAUGCUCCCUAUGACCCCCUGGAGCAUGACCACAGCCACGAUACGGCCUCACUUAACAUGCGAGGUGUUUUUCUGCAUGUUCUUGGGGAUGCUCUGGGCUCCGUCAUUGUUGUCAUCAAUGCCAUCAUCUUCACCUUUGUGUGGCAGCCUUGCGAACCCGGGGUGCCCUGCAUUAACCCCUGCGUCAACAGCCACUGCACCGAUCACCAGCACAUCAACCACACGCUGGUGGGGAUUCAGGACGGUGAACAUGGCAACCAUAGCAGCCUGGGAGACAGUUCUAUACCCAAAGCUGGACCAUGUUGGGUGCUUUACCUGGACCCCACUCUGUGUGUUAUCAUGGUCUGCAUCCUCCUGUACACGACGUAUCCACUGUUGAAGGAGUCGGCACUGAUCCUGCUACAGACUGUGCCCAAACAGAUUGACAUGCACAGCCUGAAUUCCAGGCUGCAAGAGCUGGAGGGCGUCCUGGCUGUUCACGAACUGCACAUUUGGCAGUUGGCCGGCAGCCGCAUCAUCGCUACAGCGCACAUCAAGUGCCACGAUCCCGCCUCCUACAUGGAUGUGGCCAAGCGCAUCAAAGCCUUCUUCCAUGAUGAGGGAAUCCACGCCACCACCAUUCAGCCAGAGUUUGUCACGGUCAACUCAGAGUCGCGUGCGUCCCUCUGCGAGCUGUCCUGCAGGACACAGUGUGCAACUAAACAGUGCUGCGGCUCCGGGGAUGGCCCCAAAUCAGCCGAAAUGCCCGCAGCUGGGCAGAAGGCCAUUACCGCGGGCAAUGCCGCAGUUGCCUCCACCUCAGCCAUGCUGGAAGUCAUCAACGAGUCGCUGGAGAAUGCAGUGAGGGAGCAGGAAGGUAAAGAUCAAGGAGCACCCAGGGCCGAGCAGGACGUGAUCAUUGCCAGAGAGGUGGAGUCGUCUUUAUAAGAGAGGAAAAGACGGAAAAGAGGAGAAAUGGUGCAAUCGUUAAAGGGACCCUUAAAUCACCGAAGUAUUUGAAUGGACCUGAAUGGUCAAAGAAAGCACUCUCGCUCACACGAGAAAGCUAUUUGCUGUUUUGCUGUUCAAACAAACACACACACACACAAAUACACACACAAACAUACUCUGAAAUAUAUAUAGAGUUUAGUCUCUAACCAACGUUUGGUCAACCCUGUUAAAAUUAAGUUUUGUUGCAUUUUUAAGUGCAAAUAAGGAAACAAAUCUUCUACAAGUAACAAACAUGAAUUUGAUGUAUGCUACUUUUUUUAGGGCACAGUUCUAUUUAUGAGAAGAAAUUAAUUUAAUACAAUCUGUUAAAUUCAGUAAAUUAAGUUUAUUAGUGUGUCUGUAGAAGAAGUGACUUACAUACACUUAAAAAAAUAAUACACCUAAUUUGACCAGGGAUGCCCAAAAUGUUGCAAACCACUGUAUGUGUAUAUGUAUGUAUAUAACAAACACACAUACACAAACACACACUUUAAGGCACCUAUGGACCUGUCUGCUGAUAUCUCUCUUUCUCUCUCUCUAUCUUUCUCUCUCAUACACACACACCCACACCACCUCUGGACCUUGAGCCCUCACUGCCAGUUACUGUGGCAGCAGAAUUGAAGAUUAUAGUUUAGAUGACCUCUGACCUCGGGUCGCCAAAGCACGGCCUGCUGCAUGUGUGUGUUUCCGAGCUCUGUUUUGUGAAGCAUCGUCCAUGUUCGGUGUGUGUGUGUGUAUGCCAAAGCUUCUCUGUUGCGGAUGUUAGAGCACCCGUGUCCUCUCUAGUGCAUCUCGUGCAACAAGCACAUUGCAAACUGCAAAUAGAGCUGCUGGCCCAAGUAAUAGGAUUUUUUUUACUAUUACCUUUAUUAUUAGUAGUAUUAUUACUAUUAUUUUUAUUGUUCUUAUUAUUAAAGAUCUCCUGCUCCUUCCCCAACCCUACGUAAACAGUUUAUUUCCUUUGCCACCUGCAAUUAUUUUGUGGCAGAAAUAAUUUAUGUAUUUAAGUUAUUCAGUAAUUAAAUGUUUUUUUUUCAGAAACUUUUAUAAUGUUUAGAUUUGGUAAGAAGUAAAAAAAAAAAAAGGUUGUGGAAAUUGUCUGCCUCCUUAAAAGCAAACUACUAUGCUGUAAUGUAGAGUUAUUUUUUUAGUAGUCACGUUUUUUAAAUGACAGUGUUGAGACUUAUUUUCUCAACGCUCUGUUUCUUAGCAGAAUUAUUUGUAUUUAGGUCCUAAAUGCAGUGCCAGAACUUCACCAAGCCUUUAACUGAAACUAGUUUUAAGAAACACUGAAACAAAAUGGGUAGAGUAGCUACUGCGUUGCGCAAUUAUUUGUCUUGACGGAAAAGCAGAUGCCUUGUUGCGUCGUCGUGUCACUUGAGUAGAAGUUGCAGAAAUGAUACUGAUACUGGAUAUUAAAGAGAAAUGCUGCUGUUUUUUAUGCAUAAUAUGGUGGUUGAGAUUUUUACAGUCAAAUCAGACUGGGGAUCAUGUGAAAUGAUUAAUUGUGGUGAAGUAAAAAGUAAAUUUUUUUUCUACAAUUAAUGAAUUUAACAUGGAAGACCCUGUAUGUAAGCCCAUACUUCAGUUUCUCAAACUCAUAACUGGAAUAUUGUCAUAGGUAACAACAUAAGUUUUAUUGGCCCUAAAAUUGAACCCUGUGGGACAUAAAAUAUGUUAAACCAACUGGUUAAUAAAUACUCCUGAAUAGUUUCUGCUUUCGGAUUAAUAUCUUGAUAGUAAAUCUAGUGUUUAAAUAGUAAAAAAUAUAAAUGUAAACAAUUUUAAGUUAAAAAAUUCUACAAACAUUGUUAAUAUGUGUUUCGGGCAUGAGUUCUUAGAGGUAUUAAAUUCUUCAGAUGUCUUAUUCUAUUCACAACCACAUUUCUGACUCAUUUCUCUGGAAUAACAUAUUACACCGAACUCACUAUGAAUGUCUCUGUUUACAUCUUAACCAUUUAUUAUGCAUAAACUUAAUGAAAAGAAAUCAGCAGAUGUUUAGUGCUCUUGCAUUUCUGUCCUAGCUACUUCCUGUGUUUUGAAGGGACCUAGUCAGCUUUAGCUGUUUCUCUGAAACAUUCGUAUGGCGACUUUGCAUGACCAAAUUUUAGGUAGAUUAGUGAGCAGUACGCAGAGUUGGACAGUGAAGGACACUAUUGUUUGAACCAAAACAUGACGGAGACUGUAAGUCUACAUGGGAAAUGGGAGUUUAUAAUGGGAUUUUGACCUCAGCUACAAGGGUUAUUUAGGGCUUUGUGUGCCAGUGCAUGCGCUGCCAAAAAAAAGUGAUUCACUGUUUUUACUUUGAUUCAGACGUGUGAAUCAUUUCAUCAUCAUCAUAUACAGUAUUGUGCAGAAUCUCAGAAAACGUGUGAAGCCGCUUUUACCUCUUUAAACUGUUGGACUGCAUAACGCUUUAGUUAGUUUAUUCGUAUGGAUUUUUUUGUUGUUGAAUCAAAGAAAAUUCAGUGCAUCACAUUUUUCCCCAGUGCACAGAAGGACAGGUUCUGUGUUUUUAAACCACAUCUACAACCUGCUGAUCCCUUGAAAUAGAGUGUUUUGUGUUUGACUUGAAUAAUUACUACAGCAGUGAGUUCUUCACAGAAAGAUGAUGCAGCAGGUUUCUGUCUGUUGGAAGCCAGAGCUUUAAAAGAUUUGAAUGUGUGCAUUUUAAAGCUUUUAUACAAUAUAAUAUCCCACCCUGUAGGGGCUUGAGCUGGUCUUAAGCAAAAAUCACUCACCGUUUAACUUUCCAUGAACAGAAAAGUUCACAGGCCUGCAGCUGAAUGCUCUUGGAUAUCUAUGGAAGUAAUAGACACUAUGCUUGUGAAUGUUUUGCACACAUUUGUGAACUUUUACUGCAGAUGUCGCAUGGGUAUAUUCCUUGUUUAACCUGCUGUAGACUUCGGCGUGGACUCGCUGAGAAAUUUGUAAUUAAAGGAAUGGUUCACAGAAUGUGAAAUUUUACACAGUUACUCCCUCAAAUGUAGUUGAUCAGUAACAACAUUUAGAGCUUCAAGCUGUUUUUAUACUAAAAAGUUCAAGCCAAUGUGUGUGUUAACUAGAUGACACAUGCUCAUGAUUCAUUUUAAAUUAAUACUUUUACUUUCACUCUCACUACAUAAAAAAUUUAGUGAGGAAAGGAUUUCAAUUAAUCCUCAGUUCCAUUUCAGAAAAUUUAAAUGAAAAAAGCUUGUGCUACUGUAAGUCCUGUAUUUGUGAGCAAUGUUCGCCUAGCAUCUUCUGUCCUAAACCAAACACGACUCGACUGACCAACUGUAUUUGAGCUAUUUGUGGAUAAAACUGGGUAAAUUAGAUUUUGUAGUGAAGCAUUACUUUAAAUUUGGUUCAGAAAUGCACUGCCUGUCCUGUCAAUGUCUGAUCAUUCCCUGUACUAUGGAUUAUUUAAAUGAUAAUUACUUUAUGGAUGCAUUGUAGAUUCCCAAAGUGAACAUAUGCAAUAUGCUGAACAACCCAAUUGUACUCUUGCCUUUGUAAUUCCCAGUUAUUUAUUUUUUUUUAACCAUAAAGUGAAGAUGCACACAAAGCCUCUGAGUUCUCUCUGCUUUCUGUUGUUCUGAGGAAUUUAGGGUUUUAGAGUAGGAAACACCAGCUAAAAUGUUUUGAUAUGUUCAUGUUCAAAUAUGUUCUUGUGAAUUAAACAUGGCUGUUUGGUAUCAGUA